UUGUAUCAAGUUUUAGCUUUAAGGGUUAUUGAACGCAGAGAACGGUGGAAAGUGGCGAAAAUAUGACGGUCGUGUGUGUAGAGCUUGCGCUAUGUUGUUGAAUGUGCGGCUUAUUUGUAGGACGAAUAUUAAUUUUCUUAUAGCUGGACAGUCGUCGGCAACUGUUGAUUCAAAUGAAGAAUAAAGGACCACCUGAACGCAAUGGGCCGCAUGGGACAGCGUAGUUGAACUUCCGGAGCCCUGCAAGGGCUCAUGUCUGUGAAUUGUGCUUAAGAACCCGAUUGACUCUUUCCAUAACAGUGUGGUGUUCGGCAAUGUUAGAUUCGAAUAAACUUGUGUUUUGGACCAUUUUGGUCCUCACGUACUUUCAAAAUUCCCAAGGGACUCAUGAACAGGACGAAUUCAAUAGAAUACAAUUCGAAGCUGCCUUCCAAGGAGAGUGCGGACAUGGAAGUCCAUGCGAACAACUCUGUUAUGAACUCCACGACGGCAUGUACGAGUGUGAUUGUCGACAGGAUUUCGUACUUAGAGAAGAUGGAUACAGCUGUGCUGAGAUUAAUUCGACCGUUGUACCGUCAACUUCACCCCAAACAAAGGUUAACUAUUCUGAUGUCCUUUAUCAGAAAGAUGCCGUCCUUGAUAUUUCUGAAAUAGACGAGAACGUUACCCUGGCCGAUAGUAACGACAUUCCCAAUGUAGAAAUAUCAGAUAUUACCAGCCAAGGACCUAGUUUAGAACAGAAACUCACCGAAGUGUCUUCAGAUGAUGAAAAGAGAACCACGGCUUCCAUAUCAACGACCGGGCCUUGCAUUUUAGACUGCGGGCUUGGAGGAUUAUGUGUAAGAAGUAAUGCACGAGCGAAACAGACGUGUUUAUGCCCUUUGGGGAGAGGAGGUGAUUUCUGCAAAGAAGAUAUAGAUGUUCGAUCACCCCGUUUCCAAGGAUCCAGUUGGCUAGCAUUUUCAGCUCUCAGAGGUGCUUAUAAACAUGUCCAACUCGCCCUUGAAUUGAGGCCUGAGGCCUAUGAUGGAGUUAUCCUUUUAACUGGGGAGAGGGAUGAUAUGGUUGGAGACUUCAUGGCCUUGUUAUUACAUCAAGGACGUGUUGAAUUCAGAUUCGAUUGCGGCUCCGGUGAAGGAGUUGUGCGAUCAGAAGAGACCGUCCUUCUGAACCAGUGGAACCACGUUACCCUCUUCAGGCACAGAUGGGAUGCAUGGCUCCAACUCAACGGAGAACGGCAUGCACAAGGUCGAUCGAAGGGACUGUUUUCAAGAAUCACCUUCAGAGAACCAGUGUUCAUAGGGGGCCCUGGAAAUACGACAAACAUUGCCGAAAAACUGCCUGUUGUGAGUGGUUUCAAGGGCUGCAUCCGGCACUUGGAAAUUAACGAUCAUAUUUAUAACUUCGGAUUAGAGCCGAAAGGGGAAGCGAUCAAAGGUUUAGGAAUAGAGGAAUGUACAGCUGACAGAUGUAGUCGGGUACCUUGUCAACAUGGAGGAAAAUGCUUGACAGGACCUGAAUCAGCUGUUUGUCUCUGUCCCUUGGGCUUCUCUGGUGACUUGUGCGAGAUACGAGUUGACUUACAAGUUCCUGCAUUUAAUGGAUCUAGUCAUUUGCGAUAUAAAGGCCUGGGUGAAGAAGCCCUCACAUGGCUUGACCUCGAAAUAACCUUCAAACCUAAUGCUCCUGAUGGACUCCUCAUCUACAAUGGACAUAGAACUGACGGCUAUGGAGAUUUCAUGGCACUGUACCUUGUAGAAGAAUAUGUGGAGUUUGCAUUCGAUUUAGGAACAGGCGCUUCAGUCGUAACUAGUAAAUACCAAAUAACAUUAGGAGAAUGGCAUAAGGUGAGAAUAUCUCGAACUGGACGUCAAGCCAUUCUUUUCGUUGACAAACAACCUUCGGUGGAGACAACAUCUCCAGGCGCCUUCACCCAGCUAUCCCUUCCUCAAAAUUUGUUCUUGGGAGGGGUGGUGAACUUUGGAGCUGUGUCUCCUCACAUCAAGGUACGCAGUUCUUUCAUCGGAUGCGUUCAGGCCCUAAGAAUAGGGGGACGUCAAAUUCCAAUUCUUGCCGAAGCACUUGGUGGUGCAAACGUUAACAACUGUCCUCACCCUUGCGUUGCGAAGCCUUGCGGGGAAGAUGGAGAGUGCAUACCAGAGAUGGAUUAUUUUACUUGCAGAUGCAAGCCAGGCCAUCGUAAUCAGGCAUGUUCCAGGGGGCCUCCAUCGUUCAGUGGCAUUGACAGCUAUCUCUACUUCAAUGAUGCUCGCACAUUAGAUUCCCUUAUGGCUGAUCCCAUUACUCUGAAUGUGCGAUUCAAAUCGACCUCUUCAGAUGGACUGUUACUAUGGCUUAAUAACGGUCUUGGAGGUGGAUUCAUUUCAGUAGGAUUAGAAAAGGGAGAUUUGGUGCUAAGAUUCUCGAAUCGUAAUGAGGAAGUGGUGGUAGUGCAUAAUAAUACAUACGUACACGAUAAUCUCUGGCAUAGGAUAAAAGCAGUAAGGGAUGGUGGAACAGGCCUCCUAAUCGUAGAUAACGGACCGGCGGUGACACAUCAAGCUGUUGCAGUUUGGAGAAGACCGCGGCCUCCUUCUCCGGAUGAAGAGGGUCUUUUUGUUGGAGGAAUGCCUCACACUCUUCUACUUCGCACCAUCUACAGAACUGGAAUCAAGGGAUGUGUAGCGGAUAUAGUCAUUAAUGCCGACUACCAUUUACGGUUGGUCGGCGACAGAGAUAGAAAUGUUCGGGAAUGUGAUUCCUAAAGUCAAUCAAUAUUUUAUACACUAGUCAAUAUGUUGAAGACUAUGAGGCUAUUCUGACGUAAACUUCGAUGUCGAGCAGCACUUGAUCUUCAUUAUUUUUCUGAUACGAGCUAACUGCCUUCUUUUCGUUCAGUUGAAAAGAUUCACGACUAUGUGUUUUAGGCUUGAAGUCUAAGAUAAUUAGGCUGAUAGGGAUAACUUGAUAUUUCUUUUCAGCCCACUGUUCCUCUUGCAUGGGUUUCAAUGAAUAUUGAUUAUCGAAACAUCCGAGACAAAUUCAUAGACUGAUGAAACAGAAUAUAGAACACUCGAUAGAAAUAUCUGUUGAAACUUGAUUAUUAUUUCACUUUAAGUUACAGAAGUUGGAUAAUCUUUCAUAAGUCCAGCGAUAUUGAAAUGUUUGAAAUGAAAAACGUGAAAAAGGAUGAUUAGGUAAAACAGAUUUAAAGCAAUCAAUAUACAUAAUCGAAUUUCUCACCUAGCAAUGGUCUGGAAAAGCCAUUUUUAAGUAAUACAUUUUUCUAGUCCCUCAACUCGAUGAAGAUCUGUACUACUUUUUGCGUGUGAUUUCAUCAACACUAGCAGGGAAGUAAAAAAAAAAGUCAGAAACUAACACUCACAAAGUAUGACAUAGAUUUAUUAUCUUAAAUCAUCACUAGACCCUCCCAGCAGCCAAUAUAUCAUGGUCAUUUGGACAUGUUCCAAUAAAUUUAUUUUCUUCUCCACCUUGAGCGAUGAUUUUAGAAUUUUCGUUUGUAGAUCAUACUUCAAAAUCGACAUUUAAUUGGUUCUGAAUAUCCGAUGCUAUUCCCGAUGAACUUGAGAAUUCUAACAUUUGUGAUUAAGGAAUAAACAAUACAACGAUGUUUCGACAAAUGAAGACCGGUCCGGGAGAAUGAAAAUUUUUGAUUGCACAAAAUAUUCAUCGAGGAGAACCACUAGAAAGUGAAAAAUUCAAUACUCGAUUCACCAUUAUUUGCUCACAAAUCGAGAAUAUUAAAAUUUACAAAUUAUAUUAAGUUGCACCAUUUAAAUACCUCAUUUUCUCAUUUAAAAAAUCACCUUCACUUUUCAAAGAAUUAAGUUUCUAGAAAAAUAAAACAACCUAUUUUUAUUGAGAAGAUGUUAUAAAACCUAGUAACCCUUUCAUAAAAAAUUAGUCACCAAAGUAUUCCUUCUUCUCAUUCCUUCAAGUUAGCGUGUUCCGUCAAUUAUUGAAAUUAAUUCGAUCCAGAAUUCGAAAGAAAAUUGAUACUUCAUUUCCCUCCCAGUAUUGCAAGGUUUGUAUCCCACAAAAAUAUUUUUUCGAAUUAAAUUCAAUGUAGUAUCUAUUAUUGCCCUAAUGAAUUUUCAUGUGAAAAUAUAGGGAGUCAGUGAAUAUGUGCGAAACGGUUUAGGGGGUGAUUCUGCUGGGAAAUUCAUUUCUACAAAUGCUCGUUUUCCGAGAUAAAGAGCGUCAAAUUUUUUCUUGAAAACUAUUUAUUCGUUGCUCGAUC